AUGUCGACGAGUGCGCCGACAGAUCCCACGAGAUGGCGUCUCGUUGUGGAUAAGGGUGUUCACCAAUGGCGAUACCUUAGCGAGGUCGACUCGGCACGUCAACCACAGUUCACAGCAGAGAAAUACUUUCUUGGAUUACCCACGGGAUUGCCAUCACUCCAAACCCCGCGCAACUUUCAGCAAUCUGCUCUCAAUGGCUUCCGAUUUUAUCAAAAUCUCCAGCUGAAUGAUGGGCACUGGGGAUGUGGAUAUGGUGGUCCCAGCUUUUUACUUGCCGGUAUAGUAAUAGCGAUGUACAUCACUGAGACCGAAAUACCUCCAGAAUGGAAGGCCGAGAUUAUUCGCUAUCUCUCGAACACGGUCAACGAAGAUGGUGGCUGGGGAUUACACUCUGCUGGUGCCUCGACCGUUUUUGCAACGACUCUCUAUUAUAUUACAUUGCGAAUCUUAGGCCUCCAGCCGAGCCACUCGCUCACCAGCAAGGCGCGCGCCCGUCUACAUGCCCUAGGUGGUGCACUCGGGAUUCCGCAGUGGGGGAAGAUCUGGAUGGCACUGUUAAAUCUUUACAGUUGGGGCGGAAUUAAUCCCAUCCCCCCUGAAUUCUGGUUACUUCCCGAUUGGAUCCCGUUCCAUCCGUGGCGUUGGUGGGUUCAAUGCCGCGUGGUCUAUCUCCCUGUUUCAUACCUAUACGCAAACAAGGUUACGAUACCGUUAAAUCCCCUCAUUGCUAGCCUCCGCCAGGAAAUCUAUACGCAGUCAUAUGAGGAUAUUCGCUUUGAGAAAUACCGGGAUACCGUGGCUCCUACUGACUUGAAGAAGCCACCUUCCGGUCUCCUUCGCGCUGCUAAUACGUGCUUGCGUUUCUGGGAGCGAUAUAUUCGGCCAGACUAUAUUGCUCAGUGGGCUAACGAGCAGGUAUAUGCAUUGAUCCAACGAGAAGACCAGAAUACAUCCUAUAAUUGUUUGGCUCCAGUCAACAAAGCUUUCCAUAUGGUGAGCGUGUGGUACUCAGACGGUGCUAAUAGUUCGCGCAUGCGUCGUCAUCGCGAGAAGAUAGCGAGCUACAUGUGGGUUGGCGAAAAGGGGAUGACCUGCAGUGGGACGAAUGGAGUCCAAGUCUGGGAUACAGCGUUCAGCAUUCAAGCUAUGGUUGAGGCUGGAAUUGCUAUGCUGCCAGAGUUUCGUCCGACACUCGAAAAGGCCUUGGAGUACUUGGACAUCUCUCAAUUAAGGGAAGACUUGGCCGACGAAUACCGUCAGCCUCGGAAAGGUGGCUGGCCUUUCAGCACACGGAACAAUGGUUAUAUUGUAUCGGAUUGUGCUGCGGAAGCGCUUAAGGCCGUAUUAAUGCUUCAAGAAGAGUGCCACUUUGACAAGAUAAUCUCCGAUGACCGUCUGCAGGACUGUGUCGACAGUCUACUGCUAAUGCAGAAUCCCGACGGUGGAUUUAGCAGUUACGAACGUACUCGAUCCAGCACUCUCCUCGAAUAUCUCAAUGCGUCGGAGGUUUUUGACCGUAUUAUGGUUGAGUAUUCAUACCCUGAGUGCACUACGGCAGUAGUCACAGCCUUGUCACUUUUCACUCGUUACUUCCCCAGCUACCGGCCUACUGAAAUCAAUGGAGUCAUUGAGCGCGCGGUGAGAUAUGUUAUAAAAGCACAACGGCCUGAUGGAAGCUGGUAUGGAUCAUGGGGAGUGUGUUUCACCUAUGCAUCGUUCUUUGCCAUGCAAUGUCUGGAACUGGUCAAUCAGACAUGGCAAAAUAGCAGUAACGUCCGCAAGUGCUACAAAUUUCUUCUCAGCAAGCAAAAGGAAGACGGUGGUUGGGGCGAACAUUAUACGUCGUGUGAGCGAGAAGAGUACAUUGACCAUGAGCAAAGCCAGGUAGUAAAUACUGCCUGGGCUUGCUUGGCACUCAUGCACGCACGAUAUCCGUACAAAGAGGAUAUCGAGAAAGGACUUAAGUUAAUUAUGAGUCGGCAGCAGAGAAACGGCGAGUGGUGUCAAGAAGAUGUGGAAGGCGUUUUCAACAAUACAUGCAUGAUCGGUUAUCCCAACUACAAGCUCUAUUUUACUGCAUGGGCCUUGGGGAGAUAUAAUAACGUGUACCUCCCCAUGCUCGAAAGGGAAAGUUAUGGAUAG